AUGUUUCUCAUGAACUAUACUCGGCCUGAUAUAGCGUAUGCUGUUAGUAGAUUGAGUAGAUAUACUCAUAAUCCCAGUAGUGAACACUGGAAUGCUCUUCAUCGUUUCUUAAGUUAUUUGAGAGGUACUAUGGAUUGGUGUUUGCAUUUUAAUAAAUUUCCUGCUGUUUUAGAAGGUUUUUGUGAUGCAAACUGGGUAACUAACAAUGAUGAAGUUAGCUCCACUGGGGGCUAUGUGUUUACUUUGGGUGCAGGUGCUAUUUCAUGGAAGUCCUCAAAACAGAUUUGUAUAGCACGUUCUACUAUGGAGUCUGAGUUUAUUGCUCUUGAGUUGGCAGGGCAAGAAGCUGAGUGGUUGAGAAACCUUUUGGCAGAUGUGCCAUUGUGGGGAAGACAAGCUUCACCAGUCUCCUUACAUUAUGACUCACAGGCGGCAAUUGGGAUUGCUAAUAAUAGUGUAUACAAUGGAAAAAGGAGACAUAUUCGCAUCAGACAUGGUGUAGUUAAACAGUUGUUGAAACAUGGUGUUAUCUCCUUGGAAUAUGUAAGGUCCGAAAGAAAUUUGGCGAAUCCUUUAACCAAGGGUUUAGCGAGGAAAAUGAUCCUUGAAACGUCGAGGGUGAUGGGGCUAAAGCCUAUGGAUUGGGGUAAUAUGGUGGAUACCCGUUUGUGGUCAAAUGAGGCCAUAUAG